AUGUCCGCUAUGGAUUCAGUCCGUGACCCAGCAUCUUUGUAUCGUCUGAAGGAGGUAGAAUACCUGGUUUUUUCUUUGGAGCAUGGGGAGUUUGAGCACGAAGAAGAAGAUUCGGCUAUUCCUUCUGCCACCUCCUUCGAGUUCAUCCUCCACUUCCCUCAAUUCCAGCUCUCUCCCUACGCAUAUUCAUAUUCUGGUAUUGAAACCCUCGCUGCUGCUGAUACUAGGAGUUUUGGUAACAUCUCAAGGCGGCGAAACCAGAGUAUCCCUUCACAGAUAUUACGCUUCUUUUCCCCAAAUCUGUCCCAGACAGACAAUCUCUUUGGAUGCCAAUUCUUUGCAGCAGUCAGACUAGCUGUAAACGUGGAGUCGGGACAAGAUGUUGGCCGUACUUCAGCUUUUAUUCAGGCAUAUCCUUCCUCACUUCCAAUAUCCCGGCCCUCCCUGCCUCCAAAGGCGCAGGCUCAGCCUGUUCUGUCCACUGUAGGUUCAUCGCGGACGUCAUCCGACCCUGCCAAUUUUCUGCAAAGUCACACGAUGGGGCUGCGGACUCGACUCCUUGUCUUUCUCCCAGAGAGCCUGCGACCCCAAUCCCCUCCGCGGCAUGGCCUGUUCGUUGAACCAGUUGGAAAUCCACCGCCACCACCACUAUCAUCGAAGCCUAUAUUACUUCAUUCACACACAUCCCACGUUACCUCCGCGUUGAUGGAGCAGAGUCUUAUGGCUUCAAAGAGUGGAAUGUCUACCACCUCAUCCCACCAAGUCGCAUUGGCAGGCAACACUUCCACAUCUUCUUCACAUAAUCCCUUCAAAACUAGCCCAUUUCAGUGCAUCAGUUUCAUUGGCCCACUCCGGUAUGCCGGCUCUGCAUCCGUGUCUCCCAUUCAUAAAUUAAUCGAUCUACUGCAGCUACCAGGACCGCCACCUGAGCUUCCUUCAGAACAUGUCUUGUUGCAAACCUCCCCCUCCGAUUCCAACUAA